GACUAUAAUAUUUACAAUAUCGAAAAGUAUUUGUAGAUCAAUGCCGCCGAGAGUGAGUCAGGCAGCCUUCCAUACGCGGAUGUGGAAUUUCUACCAGAGCUAUAGACGAGAUAUUUUCUUUUCCUGUGUAGCUGCGUGUGCGCUAUUUUUCACUGCACGGGCUGAGCUGAUGCGACACGGGGUGCUAGAACGAAGAAGCCCCGUUGAACUCUAUCCAAAGGUUACCAAGCAAUUUGGCCAUAAGAAGGAAGAAUAGUCGAUGUAGGUACUCUGUUAUCGUAAUGCUUACUUCUUUCGAAAAUUUGAAAAAUCAGUAAUGUCGAAUAUUUGGUAAUAUAUAUGCAUCAUAGAUUACCAGAAACGGCAUACAAAAGCAGACGUAUAACCAAACUCUGAUUUUUUAUCUUCAUAAAGGUAACACAAAGAGAGUAAUCAAUUAACUCUCCGGCACUGCCUUUAAUAACUUCAUUUGGUAUCGAUAUAUGGUAUUCCUUGAAAAUGGGGAAAAUUAUUCUUUCUCAUUUUUUAGAUUUAACGUUGAAUUUCCAUUUUUCGAACCGGAACCUUCUUUGAUAAGCCUUUUAGCUUGUCACCUUGAAUCACCCCACUAUAAUUUGUGUUUCUUUAUGAGUGAAAAAUAGGAAAUGAAGGUCCUGUAGAAGAGGUGGAUAUGGAGACGAUAGCGAAAUGAGGAUCAACCUCUUUUUUAGCUAAUUUAACUCUAUUUUGGUACGAAACAGAGAAUCUGAGCAAUUUUUUUUGUCAGUCGCGAGUACUGUAAGGUUACGAAGAUAAGAGCGUAAAAGUGCGGUUAAGGCCAUCGUCAUUUGCAAGCAACGAUCGUUUAAAAGUCACUAACCGCUUUAUGUGGGCUCUGGAGCUGCCAUUCUUUUACAGUCCUUCUUGACUCUGGUGCUAAACCUGCUUGGUGGGAAUUCACUCGACCUAAAGGGCGUAGUAGUUUAGCCUUCGUGUAACGUAUAUUUGUCCAAACACAUAAUACGAUAUUUUCGAAUUCAAUUCUAAUGCGCAAAAAGGAAAACUAUUUUUCAUUCGAACUCCUUCGAGAUCUGAGGUGUGGGAAGAGGAAUAUUUUUGUUGGGUUACUGCUUGCUCAGUCCUUCUCGCAGACGUUAA